AUGCCUGAUGGCGAGGUCUCCUUCGCCAGGCUCGGCGACGCCCGGUGGACUUGGGUAGCACCGGGCGGCGACGACGACGACGACACGGGUCUCCCGUCAAGGUUCGGCUACCGUGACUCCAUGUACAGUGCCGCUGAUGGCUUGUUCUACCUGCUCCGAUUAGACGCCUUCAUGUGCAGCUUGGACCUUAACGGGCCUUCGCCGGUGGCACGUAAGGUCCUCAACUACGUGCCGAAGUCUGUCAACCCAACCAAAUACCUCGUUCAGACACCGGCCGGUGACAUCCUGCAAGUUUGGUGGUUGAAGGACUACAUCGACUCGUCGACGCCGGUGCACUUUCCACCAGACUACGUGGACGACGGCGAAAGGGGUAUGGACCCGUGUCUGGAGCACAACACCAUUUAG